AUGGCUCUGAGCUCUCGGGCGCUUGCCUUCUCGGUGGAAGCCCUGGUGGGGAGAUCCAGGAAAAGAAAAUUGCAAGACUCAAGAGAGGAGAUGCAGCCUGAAUUGCUGGAAAAAGAGGGUGGAGAGGAGGAGGAGAGAAGGAGCAGAGUCGCAGGGAAAGAGAGCCAGCAGCCCGAAAAGCGACCCAAGACUGAGCCCUCAGCAACUGCUUUCUCAGGCUGUAGUGGCAGUGACAGUGACAACAGCUGCAAAAAUCUGGAAGAGAAAGAUGCUAUCCAGGUGGAGCUUCAAGGAUCUGAACUGUGGAAGAGAUUCCAUGACAUUGGGACUGAGAUGAUCAUUACCAAGGCUGGCAGGCGGAUGUUCCCCUCUGUUCGAGUCAAAGUGAAAGGGCUGGACCCAGGGAAGCAGUACUAUGUGGCCAUCGACGUGGUGCCAGUAGAUUCCAAACGUUACAGGUAUGUGUACCACAGCUCACAGUGGAUGGUAGCUGGGAAUACAGACCACUCAUGCAUCACUCCCAGGUUCUAUGUUCACCCAGACUCACCCUGCUCUGGAGAGACCUGGAUGCGGCAGAUCAUCAGCUUUGAUCGCUUGAAACUCACCAACAAUGAGAUGGAUGACAAAGGCCAAAUCAUUCUGCAGUCCAUGCAUAAGUACAAGCCCCGUGUACAUGUGAUGGAACAGGACAGCAAGGUUGACCUGUUCAGGAUUCAGUCCCUGCCCACUGAAGGGGUUAAAACGUUCUUCUUUAAAGAAACUGAGUUCACCACAGUGACAGCUUACCAAAACCAGCAGAUUACCAAACUGAAAAUAGACAGGAAUCCUUUUGCGAAAGGAUUUAGAGAUCCCGGAAGAAACAGGGGUGUAUUGGAUGGGCUUUUAGAGAUCUACCCAUGGAGGCCUUCUCUCACUCUGGAUUUUAAAACUUUUGGGGCAGACCCACAAAGUGGAAGCAGUGGCUCAUCUCCAGUGACCUCUAGUGGAGGGGCUCCCUCUCCUUUGAACUCCUUGCUUUUUCCACCCUGCUCUCUGCCUACAUUUCACUUACCUACAAGCUCCCUUGGAACGCCCUGUCCAGAGGUAUAUCUGCACAAUAUCAACCUGCCCCUUUGCUACAAGAUUUGCCCAACUAAUUUUUGGCGACAGCAGCCUCUUGUCUUGCCUUCUCCUGAAAGACUAGCAAGCAGCAACAGUUCUCAGUGUUUAGCCCCACUCAUGAUGGAAGUUUCCAUGUUAUCUUCUCUGGGGAUCACCAAUUCAAAAAAUGGUUCAUUUGAAGACUUAAGUGAGCAGUGUCUACAGGCACCUAAUUCUUCCAAUCAAAUGUUGUAUGGACUACAGGCACCUGGAAGUAUUUUAUCACCAAAUCCCAUUGUCCAGGAAGCAAUUGGUUGUUCUUUCCAUCCUUCCUAUGGUUUUUAUAGGUAUAACUUCUCAGUGCCAUCUAGACUGGUAAAUGCUGCCAACCAUCUCAAAGUCAAAGUGAAUGACAAUAACCAAGUUUCUUUUAGAGAAGGCAAAUGCACUCAUGCUUAUUGGUAUCCAACAAUCAAUCAUUACCUUUAAUUGAAUAAUCACAUUCCUAAAACAAUUACACAUAAGCAUGUAUUUUCUUUAUUUGUAGCCAAAGAAAGGUUAAGAGCUGUUCGGUUUUAAAAGCUUUAUUAUUAGAGGUAUUUCUCUGUUAUGCAUUUAAAGUGCCUUAUCAAAUGUUCCUAAGAAGUUGCUAUAGGUCAAAUAUGACCUGUAACGAUCUCUGAUUACAGUGGCCUUGGGCCUCAAAAUAAGAUAGUCAAUAAAUAUUACUUGAUGAGAUAGAAAAUUGACUCCAGAUGAAACCUUUAAUUAUAGCGGUCAGUUUACCAUACCAUGUCAACUGCUUCUUACAUAUUGACAAUGACCAAAAGAAGUUGGAUUUAAUUCCUGUGAAAGCAAUGGAACAAUUUUAGUUUUAUCCAUGAAUAUUAUACUCAUUGUAAUUUUCUAGUAAUUGUAGAAAAAAUCAUUGUUCAUUUUUCUUAUACUUUACUGUUAAAGAAGCUACUAAUCUCAAUUCUAAGGUACAAAUAAGGACACAAAUUUUCAAAUAUUAAUUGUUGCAGCCUAAAGAUCAUUUAAUCCUGAAGGAAAACAAAGAUUAAAUGAAAAACAAAAUAUUCUAAAUAAAUUUGAUCUUUCAUUUCCUUUUAUUUUUGGAUCAUUCCCAGGUGAAGCUUAUUUACUUAUUCCUUUAACAAACCCAGUGUUUUGUACAGUUUUCAAAAACAAGUUAUUGUAGUUCUCCUAAAAAACUAAUAAAUUAUUAUUUUAAGGGAGAUAAUAUUUUGGGUCCAUAAAUAUGAAAAUAUCAUUACAUUUGUACUGUUUAAUUCCACUCCUCUGAGUCAGUCAUGGUAAAUUGGACUAGACAAAAAGUAGCAUAAAUGAGAUUUUAUUUUAGUUUAUGAAGUUGAAAUGUUUCCUUUCACCUGGUCCUAAAUUUUCUGAAAAAAAAAUGUCAAGUAUAACUUACAUAUAACUUGUAUAUCUUUAAAAUAAAUCGAAUUUAAACUUUUAUGCCACUAGCUCUACAAUUUAUUAAGCCAAGGCGCUUCACAUCACAAUGAUAUGGCUUGACUUUUCUCAAACUAACCAAACUUCUAAACUGCUUUUUCUAACGUUUCCAACACAUAUUAGGAAGAGCAUAUUAUUAUUUAAUUUUUCUCAAAGUGGUUAUUCCCUCUUAAGUGUACCUUAUAAAUGUGAUAUGCAUUAAGAUUAUAUUCCUCUUCACUUCUGGGAAUAGGGACAGAACAUCACAUGGUUACAUUUAAACUGAAUAUUCUAGUCAAGAUGAAAUAUUAGUUGUAGCCCAAAUUAAUUAGAUACCUGUUAUAAAAGUCUUUGAGGCAGGAAAUCUGUACUACCCAGGAUUUAUCUGUACUAAACCUGGGUUUAUCAAAUUGGGGAUUAAAGCAGCAAGUAUACUUUAUUUCUGUCUACUCCAAAACAGGUUACUGUUAAAAUAAACUACAAUUUUUUAAAGCAGAAACUCCCAUAUCAAAGUAUAAUGAAACUUAGUCUGAUGGCUUAUAUGGCAGAUACUUGGUAAUUAAUAACAGAAAGUAUUUAACUGAAAAAUCCAGAAAAUCUCCGGGUUACUUUUUAAUAAUUUUUUAAGAGAAGGCACUAAUUUUGUAUCCAUUCAAGUAUAUGUAGCCCAUGAUUUAUAUUUCAUAUAAUUUUGUUAUAUA